AUGGUUGUAACUAUUUUAUCUUUUCUAUCUUUAGCCUUAUCUUUAGUAUGUCAAGAAAAGCAUUGAUUUCCAAAACCAGAAAUGGUGGAUACUUCAGAUGGAAACAAAACUCUGGAAGUAAAACAAAAUACUGUGGAUUUUAUAUUAUCAACUGCGUUAAAAGAUGCAGAUAAGACGAUUGUUCAGUAUUCGUCAAAUCAUAAUCAUAAUGAAAAGCAAAAGGAUGAGACUAGUUCUGAAGAAACAGACUCUGCACCAAUAAAAAAUAUUGAAAAUGAUAAAGGAUUAAAGGAAAAAGUCAAUGAAGAAAAUGAAGAUAUUAGAAAGGAAAGCAAACUAUCAGAGGUAUCUGAUACAGAAGAUUUAAUAUAA